CGCGAUCCCUUGCACUUCUCCCGCGAAAAAAAAAUUGGAUUCGUUAGUGUAAUUACGAAAAAAAAUAUUAAUUAAAGUGUAAUCUUUGUUGAUUCGCUUUGUAAAAUAUUCUAUUAUAAUUAGUUAUUUUUUUAAGUGAGUUUUCUGAGUUUUACAAACUUAUUACAGUUCGAGUGUGUCUGAGGAUUCAAACGUUCUUGGAAACGCCGUUCGAGUCCAGCAUCGAGUGUUCACUGUCAAAGGCACAAAAUGCAGGGUUGAAUCAUUUGAUCCCUUUUUAUCGGUCGACAGAACUGUUCGGGAAAAACUAAAGGGUAAGAAAUGAGCGGAAAAAGUGGAAAACAUGAAAGAGUGCAGUAGUUAAAAACAGCGUACACAACAAAAAAUCGACAACCUGACUCAUCCAUCCCGACCAGCCACAUUUCUCACGCUAAGAUGACAUAGAAUGGGUUGGGUGGCGCUAGGACGGCGUGCGGGUGGUGGCAACCGCCUAUCACCCAUCCUCUCGCUGUCUUUCGCCUCCCUCGCAAGCUCCUUAAUAUUUACCAUCCUUUGUAUCCUCACCCUAACGCUCACAUCUGCAACUUUUGUUCGCUCUGAAGACAUUUUCGAGGAAGGCAAAUCGGACAAGGAAAUCCUGGACAAUCUGCUGCUGGCAACGCGUUAUGACAAGCGGCUUCUGCCGCCGGUGCAAGAUGCGGAUUUUUGCUGUGGAUUGCGAUCGCCUGGCGACACUACCAGCCUGACUAACCGAUCGGCGAUUCCUAACGACCUUAAGCAGAACAUCAACCAGAACAAUAACCACUACACGCCGCACCAACACCUCCGCACUCACCUUCGCGGAACCUUGACUGUAAACGUGAGCGUGUUGUUAUUGAGUUUGGCUUCACCUGACGAAUCUAGUUUGAAAUAUGAAGUCGAAUUUCUUCUGCAACAACAAUGGUACGAUCCACGUCUACGAUACAGUAAUAGAUCGCGAUAUGAAUUUUUAAAUGCGAUUCAUCACCAUAAUGAUAUCUGGCUACCAGACACAUAUUUUAUUAUGCAUGGCGACUUUAAGGAUCCCUUGAUUCCGGUCCAUUUCGCCUUACGAAUAUACCGGAAUGGUACCGUCAACUAUCUGAUGCGGCGUCAUCUUAUACUUUCUUGUCAAGGUAGAUUAAAUAUUUUUCCCUUCGAUGAUCCGCAGUGUUCAUUCGCCAUCGAAAGCAUAUCUUAUGAACAAACAGCGAUUACGUAUGUUUGGAAGAAUGAUGAGGCAACAUUACGAAAAAGCCCAAGUCUGACGACCUUAAAUGCGUAUCUUAUCCGGAAUCAGACAAUCACAUGUCCGAUAAAAGCCAGCUGGCGCGCUGCCGGACAACCGUUUAUCGACGACGAGGACGAGUACGACGAAUUUGGCGACUCUAGGUGUUCACUGUGCCAGCGAAGGUUUGAAGAGCAAGGUAACUACAGCUGCCUGAAGGUGGAUCUCAUCUUCACUAGAGAUCGUGCCUUUUAUUUUACUACGGUCUUCAUUCCUGGAAUUAUACUGGUCACAAGCUCAUUCAUUACAUUUUGGCUUGAGUGGAAUGCUGUGCCAGCAAGAGUCAUGAUUGGUGUCACAACAAUGCUCAACUUUUUCACAACAUCAAACGGUUUUCGAUCAACACUUCCCGUGGUGUCAAAUUUGACUGCCAUGAACGUGUGGGAUGGUGUAUGCAUGUGUUUCAUCUAUGCCAGCCUUCUGGAGUUCGUGUGCGUCAACUACGUUGGCCGGAAACGGCCACUUCACAACGUCGUAUAUCGACCAGGCGAAAAUCCCGUUACCCAGCGGCUACCAGCGGUGCUCAGCAGGAUAGGGAUUAUAUUGGCCAGCCCCUUGGGUGAAAAGAAACGAGAGGGUGGCAAUACAACUGGUGGUGGUAAUGGUCCGAAUGAAAUCAUCACCUGCACAAAUUGUGGUCCUAAUCCAUGUACACACACCGCAACUAAUGGUUGUGCUGCUGAGUGUUGCUUUGUUCAGGUAAGGAAAAAAGAGCCGCCACAUCCCAUUCGAGUAGCAAAAACCAUCGACGUAAUAGCAAGAAUAACAUUCCCAGUCGCUUACUUCGUCUUUCUCACCUUCUUCUUCAUCCACUACAAAGGAGUUUCGCCAGAUGAAGAUGUGUGAUUUCACCAAUACUAGUAUAAACAUAAAAUAAAAGUAUCAACUAUCUCAUAAGGAACUAAUUUUUGUGCAUUGUUGUAUAAUAAAUCCAUUGAAGGUAAUCGUUACUACAAACAGAAAAUUGAAAGAAAAAAAAAAUCAGCUUCAUCAUUUAAGUAUGGAAACUUAUAUAGCAGGAUAAAUGGAGGUUUAUUUAUGAUUCAAUUAAUAAUAAUCUUUGUGAAGUGUGGGUACCAUUUAAAUGGACAAGAACUAAUGAAUAAUAAAAGCUGAUGAAAAUGUAAAGAUUAUGAAAGUAAUAAUAUGAUCAAUAAGUGCUUUUUGGGAGUGUAAAAUAUUAAUUGCCAUGUAAAAGAGUUAGAGAAAGAGAUAAUUUAAUAAAAAUAAUGGAAUAUGAUUUAGAGGAAAACUAAAUAAAUAAAUAAUAAAUAAUUUACUAGAGUAUGAGUAUAAUAAUAAUUAAACUAAAUAAUUAAAUCACGAAAAAAGAAAUUAAAAAUAAUUCAUUGUUGAUUGCUAUGCUCAGUUAUAAAUUUUACCAUAUUGAGAUCUACUAAAAAGAUAAGAUAAUCAACUAUCCAACUAUAAUCAAUGUUAUUGCCAUUUUUGAUUAAUUAACUUAUCGUAAUAUGGAAAUAAAAGCGCAUACACAAGGCGUAACAUGUAGACGAAAAUUAUAUCAACAUAAGCUUGUGCUUAUUAAAUAAACAAAAAACGAAGCAAUAUUGUCAAAGUGGAAACGAUUAAUUUUCACAAACAGUCAACAAUUUUUUGUAGUUUUUUUAAAGAUGUUUUAUCAAAAUUAAAAUAUUCAUUUACAUAUCCAUGUAUAUUUUUUAUAGUUGAUUAGUAUAAGUUAUUAUUAUAAGUUGAUUAGUUUGUGAAAAAAAAGCAAAGAAAUCGAGAUUUAAGAAUACUUAAAGUUAGAAGCCAUACUUGAAAGGUAAUAAGAAAAAAUUGGGUAGAUUUUCAUAAAAAUUUGCUUUAUAAUGUUAUAUCAAUGCUUUGUAUUCAUUUUUAUUAUUAAAUACAAUCAAAUAAUGAAGAAAAAAAUCAUAAAAUUGAUAUUAAUAAUUAUUAUUAACAAAUAAUAUCAUUUGUAUC